CACAGUUCUUGUUCCAACCUUUACCUUAUUUGGUGGUUUCAAACUAUUUCCAUAAUACAAAGAAAUGGAAAGCUUGAAAAUCAUCAUGUAUCCAUGGCUGGCAAUGGGGCAUCUGACCUCAUUCCUUCACAUCUCCAACAAAUUAGCAGAAAGAGGCCACACAAUCUUCUUCCUCCUCCCUCCCAAAACCCAACCUAAAUUACAACAAUUCAAUCUCUACCCUCAUCUCAUAACCUUCCUCCCUCUCACCAUCCCCCAUCUCCAAGGCCUGCCUCACGGCGCCCAGACCACCGCCGACGUCCCAUUCCAUCUCCACAGCCUCCUGAGGCGCGCGAUGGACCUCACACAGCCGUCCAUCGAGCAGCUGCUCGACGAACUCAAACCCGAAUUCAUCUUCUUCGACUUCACCCCGUGGCUCCCUGCCUUGGCGCGGCGCUUCAAGGUGAAGUCUGUUCACUACUGCACCAUCAGCCCGGCUGCGGUGGCGUACAUGAUCCGUGACGAGCCCUCGGCCGAGGCCUUCUUGGAGCCCCCGGCCGGGUUCCCUCCCUCGGCGAUCAAGCUCCACACGCACGAGGCGCGUGCCCUUCUUCAAGUGAACAACAGCAGGGAAUACGAGAGCGCCACCACGUUCGUGCAGAGGAUGCUGAGGUGUUUCGAAGAUUGUGACGGAUUAGGAUUCCGAUCUUGUCGGGAGAUGGAGGGGCCGUACUGCGAUUUUGUGGAGACGAGAUUCAAGAAGCCAGUUAUGCUAACAGGUUUUUUCGCGGCGAAGGCAGAACCUUGGGCCCGACUAGACAAUAAAUGGAGGGAAUGGUUGGAUGAGUUUGAAACCAAAAGCGUUGUAUACUGUGCAUUCGGCAGCGAAGCUAGAUUAACAAAGGAUGAGUUUGAAGAAGUGGUCCUUGGUCUGGAGCUUACGGGGCUCCCGUUUCUGGCGGCGCUGAAGCCGCUGGGGGCGGAGGAAGGUCUGGCGUUAGUUGUGAGAGAGAGUAAAGGUGUGGUGGUGGAUGAUUGGGUGCAGCAGCAGUUGAUCUUGCAGCAUCCCUCGGUGGGGUGCUUCGUGACGCACUGCGGGUCGGGGUCGUUGUCGGAGGCGAUGGUGAGUGAGUGUGUGAUGGUGGCGGCGCCGCAUGCGGGGGAUCAGGUGAUCAAUGCGAGAGUGGCCGCGGGGGAGCUGAGGGUGGCGGUGGAGGUUGAGAGAGAUGGGGAUGGAUUGUUGACCAAGGAAGGGGUGGCGGAGGCGGUGAGGAUGGUGAUGGGAGAUGGGAGGGAAGUCAGGGAGAAUCAUGCCAAGUUGAGGGAGCUGUUGUUGGGACAAGGGUUUGAGGAUUCUUACAUGGAUGCCUUUGUUACCAAUCUAUUUCUUCUUCUCCACUAAUUUGCUUACAUCUAAAUAUCUAAUCUUCGGUUUGAUGGACAAAAUAAAUACCGACUCUUAUGAAUGUUGGUUCGUUGAUUUCAAAGUAAUCGAAGGCCUCUUUAUGUAUUUA